CUAGCGGCUCGGCGUCCCCGCGGCCCGAGGCGUCAUCUGCGUGGGCGCUCACGCAGGGCGGGUCGCGCGGCGCAGGGCGAGAGGGAAGUCGUGGCGGCGGCGGCGGCGGGGACAGCAGCGGCGGCGGCGGGAGCGUGGUGCUGACGGGCCGUGGGAGAGAUGGGAGACCCGGGGCCGGAGAUAAUAGAAUCUGUCCCACCAGCUGGGCCUGAGGCAUCUGAGUCAACAACGGAUGAAAAUGAAGAUGACAUUCAGUUUGUUAGUGAAGGACCAUUAAGACCUGUUCUUGAAUAUAUUGAUCUGGUCAGCAGUGAUGAUGAAGAGCCUAGCACCUCUCAUAGUGAUGAGAAUUUUAAACACAAAGACUAUAUAGACCAUCAGAAGGACAAAGUUGCUUUAACAUUGGCUCGCCUGGCCCGUCAUGUUGAAGUGGAAAAGCAACAAAAGGAAGAGAAGAAUAGAGCAUUCAGGGAAAAACUUGAUUUUCAGCACGCUCAUGGUUUACAAGAAUUGGAAUUUAUUCAAGGACAUUCAGAAACAGAAGCAGCAAGACAGUGUGUGGACCAGUGGCUAAAAAUGUCAGGACUCAAAACAAAUGCAUUUAAUUCUGGGAAAAGAAAAUCAUUCCAAAGUGGAGGCAGAAUGGGGAGGCCUGAGAAGCCAAUUUUGUGUCCUAUAAUGCACUGUAACAAGGAAUUUGACAAUGGGCACCUUCUGUUAGGACAUUUGAAAAGGUUUGAUCACUCCCCAUGUGAUCCAACAAUUACAUUACGUGGACCUCUGGCCAAUUCCUUUGCUUGUGUUUUGUGUUACGAGCAUUUUGCUACUCAACAGCAGUAUAGGGAUCAUCUUCUUGCUAAGGUAGCUGCAGCCGAUGGGCAUAGCAGUAGCCUCCCCCCUCAGGUCAUUCAGUGUUUUGCCUGUCCACAAUGCUUUCUUCUGUUCACCACCAAGGACGAGUGUUUGAAGCAUAUGUCUGCAAAGAGUCAUUUCCGUCAGAGCUUUAAGCUGGGUGAUGAUAAGGUAACAGCAUAUCCGAUAUCAUUUCCAUCUUUUGCAAAAAAACUUUUGGUCUCUCUGUGCAAAGAUGUUCCGUUUCAAGUUAAGUGUGUGGCCUGCCGCCAGACUCUGCGUUCCCACAUGGAGCUCACUGCCCAUUUCAGGGUUCGUUGUCGAAAUGCUGGACCGGUAGCUAUAGCUGAGAAAACCAUUACUCAGGUUGCAGAAGAAUUCAUAGUAAGAGGUUAUUGUUCAGAUUGCAACCAGGUCUUUGUGGAUGGAACCAGCAUCCAGAGUCACAAGAACUCAGGACACAAAGUCACAGUGGUUAACUCGGUGGAAGAAUCAGUCUUACUUUACUGCCGUAUCAGUGAAGGCAGUAAGCCUCCCUGUGAUUUGCGUUUAUUCAAUCAACCAAGAUUUUCGUCACUCAAACGAAUUAUGCCUAUUAAAGAGUCCAGUGCAGAGGACUGUGUCAUUCCGAAAAAGAAGCUGAAUUUAGGAGGCGGAAGCCAGGGGGAAGCAGCCUGUGUGCAGAGACAGAAUUCAGCUGUAGUUACAGCCUGGUGUUGUGAGUGCAAUCGGCGCUUUCCUAGUGAGGAUGCAGUGGAAAGGCAUGUUUUCUCAGCAAACACAAUGUGUUACAAAUGUGUGGUCUGUGGAAAGGUGUGUGAAGAUUCAGGGGUCAUGCGUUUACACAUGAGCCGGUUUCAUGGAGGGGCACAUUUAAAUAACUUUCUAUUUUGGUGUCGGACAUGCAAAACGGAGCUAAUACAGAGAGGUGCCAUCAUGGCACACAUUACUGAGCGCCAUAAUGGGCAUAGAUAUUUUUAUGAGAUGGAUGAGGUAGAAGAUGAAGUCUUGCCAUCGUCCUCUGUGGCGAGUCAUCUGGAUGCCGACAAACCGCCUCCGCCUGUUACUGUUGCUGAUCAUUGCCUGACAAGCAGCCCUCCAAAGGGCAGGUGGCAAUGCCGGAUUUGUGAAGAUAUGUUUGAUUCCCAGGAAUGUGUAAAAGAGCACUGCAUGUCCUUGACGAGCCAUCAGUUCCAUAGGUACAGCUGUGCCCACUGCAGAAAGACUUUCCAUAAAGUAGAAACUCUGUACCGGCAUUGCCAGGACGAGCAUGACAACGAGGUCAAGGUUAAGUACUUCUGUGGGCUUUGUGAUCUUAUUUUUAACAAGGAAGAAGCGUUUCUGAGUCAUUAUACGGAUCACCACAGCAUAGAUUAUGUGUUUGUGUCAGAAAAAGCUGAAACCUCAAUUAAAACUGAGGAUGAUUUUAAAAUAAUAGAGACCAGUGGUUUGCUAAGCUGUGGUUGUCAUGAGAGCUACGUCUGUAAACUCAACAGAAAGGAAGAUUAUGACAGAUGUCUUCAAACCAUGCUGGACAAAGGUAAGCUGUGGUUCCGCUGCAGUUUGUGUUCAGCGACGGCACAGAAUUCAGCCGACAUUGCUGCUCACGUCCAUCAAGUGCACGGAAGAGAAAACAGUGGCGAGGAACAGCAGUAUGUGAUCAAGUGUGGCGUCUGCACCAAAGCAUUUAGGGACACCGAGAGCGCCCAACAGCACUUCCACAGAAAGCACAGCACCUGCCAGAAACCCAGUGGGACUCAUGGCUCGAAUGACAGAGGGAGCUCGGGCAAGCGCGACGCCGGUGUGUCGCAUGCUGAGAAGAAGCUGACGAAGACAAACCAUCAGAAACACUCGGACGUGGAGAACGGAGCCGAGCGUGACGCCGACUGCCAGAAUAUAGAGGAGGAAGUUGAGCUUCCAGAUGUGGACUACCUGCGAACCAUGACUCAUAUCGUCUUUGUAGAUUUUGAUAACUGGUCGAACUUUUUUGGUCAUCUACCUGGGCACCUUAAUCAAGGAACGUUUAUUUGGGGCUUUCAAGGAGGAAACACCAACUGGAAGCCCCCACUCAGCUGUAAGAUCUAUAAUUACUUGAACAGGAUUGGAUGUUUCUUCCUUCAUCCUCGCUGUAGUAAAAGGAAAGAUGCUGCUGAUUUUGCCAUAUGUAUGCAUGCUGGCCGACUAGAUGAACAACUGCCCAAGCAAAUUCCCUUCACCAUCCUCUCUGGAGACCAAGGCUUUCUGGAGCUAGAGAAUCAAUUUAAGAAGACUCAGAGGCCUGCUCAUAUACUAAACCCUCACCACUUGGAAGGAGACAUGAUGUGUGCCUUGUUAAAUAGCAUAUCCGAUACUACCAAAGAGAGUGACAGUGAUGGCAGCACCGGAGUUAAAGGCACGCCAGCAGAGGAAGGCACGCCAGCAGAGGGGCUCAGGUCCACAGAGGAUGUGGAAUUAGAAGAAGCUAUUAGAAGAAGCCUUGAGGAAAUGUAAUUAAAGUUAUUAUUACCACACAACAUCAAGUGGCCUUGAAGAGACUCAGGAAAAUGAAUUCUGGACUUUGUUUUCUAAAGGAGACCAGAAAUCUACUAGGAUAAAUGUAUCUAAAAACAUGUUUUGUUCUUUCCUAUGUUUGGAAUCUUGUAUUUGCUUUGUAUUUUGUGCUACUGGGUAAAACUGAAUGAAAGGUAUGGAAAACAUAAAUUAUAUUCUAAUAAUGGUGUCAGUGUUUCUCCAGCUAAUUUAGAAUUCGUGCAUUUAGGUUAAAAUCAUUUUCUAAAGGGGGAAAAAUGUGUAAAGCUCUUGACUUGUAUGUUUUCCCUGUAGCAUUAUAUCUUUAUUUGUACUGUACAAAUGUCUCUAGUUUAUUUUUUUAGGAAUGAAAAUGAAUAUGAAUAAAAGGUGCGAUAACUCAGUUUAUUCCAGGAAUUUGCUGUGUUGUGUGACCAUAAUAUAUAAUAUACUUUGAUUGCUUAUGACUAUUAGAAAUGGGUAAUAGGAAUUGAUUAUGGAAACAGAUUAAAGCCAGCAAGGUUCUGUGUGCUGUCAUGCAGCUGUAUCUUGCUCUCAUUAGAGCUGCACAUUGCUACAAUAAAAAUAUCUCUAAAACAAUUAAAAUGAAACUUUGCUAUCCCUUUCA